GUACUCAAACGAGAUCGACGCACUUACUCCUUCGAUGGUGACUUGGCAACCGUAUCUUGAUCCAUAUUUCGCCAGCAUACAGUUGAGCAGCAUGUGCUCAAUAGACGAGGACAUCUACCUCAUGAGGUGUCCCCUCAUCUGUUUUUAUGCUGUUGAGUACCACUUGCCCCACAGAGUUGCUCGACAGUUCGGAUUGCGCCAGGAGUUUCCGGUGGAGCCAUUCUCGACUUCAAUAGAACUUCAUAAGUUCGACAGACAGAGACAGAAGAAGGUCACGGACUUCGAGACGCACCAUCGUGAUUACAUUGAUGAAUGGAACCAGCAGGGGGAUCUGAACUAUGAGAAUGACCAGGCGCACACAAACUACAACUUCCGGAGGUAUUUGAUUUGGUAUUCUGGUGUGACUAGGUGCAAGCUGAAGGGACAGUGGACAGCAGCAGACUACGCCGAGCAAGAAUCGUCAGACGACGAAGACACAGCUUUCGACAUAGCUGCUCGGCACGGAUCCCAAAUUGAGGCUGCUCCAAUCCUUGAUAGAGUGGUAACUAUUUCUUUAAUAAAAUUAGAGAUUUCAAUUCAAUGUUUUAUGUCUACUUUUGAGCAUCCUAAUGUCUUGUGA